ACCUGAUCAUUUUUUGGGGGGCUUUCUGGACACCCCUCAUGAUAACCUGUUAGUGGUACCGCCCAUAGAACGACGAGGAACACGGAAGUGGUUCGCUCUUUGUAGCAUUUCCGCUUUCAGACAAGAGCCGGAUAAAGAGAAAUGACAGCGACACUGCGUCCGUACCUUAAUGCAGUACGAGCAACACUACAGGCAGCUCUCUGCCUGGAAAACUUCUCCUCCCAGGUGGUUGAGCGCCAUAACAAACCUGAGGUUGAAGUCCGGAGCAGUAAGGAAUUGUUGCUUCAGCCGGUUGUAAUUAGCAGAAAUGACAAAGAGAAGGUCCUUAUAGAAGGUUCAAUCAACUCUGUUCGUGUCAGCAUUGCAGUAAAGCAGGCUGAUGAAAUCGAGAAGAUUCUCUGCCACAAGUUUAUGCGCUUUAUGAUGAUGAGAGCUGAGAACUUUUUCAUUCUGAGGAGAAAAGCAGUGGAGGGCUAUGAUAUCAGUUUCCUCAUCACUAACUUUCACACAGAGCAGAUGUAUAAGCACAAGUUGGUGGAUUUUGUCAUCCAUUUUAUGGAGGAAAUUGAUAAGGAAAUCAGCGAGAUGAAGCUGUCAGUCAAUGCAAGGGCACGAAUAGUUGCUGAAGAAUUCCUCAAAAAUUUUUAAGGAUGUACCUGCUCACCCUCAGCACACUGCAAGACCAUGAUCCGCAUAAGCAGGUGUGGGUCCUGGAAAUUCAAGCAAGCAACAGAGAGUGAGUGAUGCACAUGGUGUAAACCAACGUGAAACAACAAGGACCAAGUGGAUUCAGGUUACGUGUCCUCGCCACAGGACUGAAUUCACAGUAUUGAAGUGAUCACAACCAAAAGCACUCAUGGAAUUCAAAGACUCUCUGUUUUGUUCAGUAGUUAUGAAAUUUGCUUUAUUAAUCCACUUGUGCCAACUUAUUUUGCUCGCUUGCUAACUUGCUUCAAAAUCAAAUUCUAUACAGCUUCAUGGCCUUUACCACUUGUUUCUUCCUCUUUUUAAACUCCUCAUUAUUCUGUAUAGUUAAGAGCUCACAAUGUUGUAGUAUAGAUUCAUCUAACUGAGACACUGAACAAACCUCUAAUAUCAGGGUGGACAUUCUUGGGUAUUUCUUUCAAUGUUCUUGGGCAAGAAAGGGGAUGUUCCAAUAAUAUAAACUGUGUUAAUGCUCUUGAAUUAUAUGUAAAAUAUAUGUAUAUUGUGUGCAUAGUGAAAUUUUCAUGUCUGAUUUUUGAUAUAUUGAUUUUCACACUAUUGCACAUGGAUUACACAACAACUUCUUAGUUAGAGGCUAGAUGUCGACAGAACUCUGAUAAUAAAUAAACAUCUUUUUGUUGCUUAUAA